AGCCCAGCCACUCCCGGUUGAACGCGCUGAUUGACAGUGUUUCUCCGCGGUUCCUUUUCACCUUCGAAAAGAAAAAAAAUACAUCGCGAGUCUACGACCGACCUGCGCGCGCCAAUGUAGCACCGAAAUCGCUCGAGCUGCAGUCGGUCGUGUGGAAACAGAGAAGAAACCGGGGGACUGCAGCCAUCAUCCGGGGACCAGAGCGAGAGAGUGAGAGAGAGAGAGAGAGAGAGAGAGAGAGAGAAAAAGAAAGAAUAUCUGAUGUGCUGCUGCUGAGUCUGAGGAAUUCCGGGAUUUCUCCAGCUCCACAUGCAGUUUCCGACAUUUUAUUUGAAUUCUGCAGUUUUUUAGCGAGAACAAAAGCGGACGGAAUCAUGAUGGCGAGCGACUCUCCGGCCCGGAGCCUGGAUGAGAUCGAUCUGUCGGCGCUGAGGGACCCUGCGGGAAUCUUCGAGCUGGUGGAACUUGUGGGAAAUGGAACAUAUGGCCAAGUGUACAAGGGCCGCCAUGUCAAGACGGGCCAGCUAGCUGCAAUCAAGGUCAUGGACGUCACGGGGGAUGAAGAGGAGGAAAUCAAAGCAGAGAUCAACAUGCUGAAAAAGUAUUCGCACCAUCGCAAUAUCGCCACGUACUACGGAGCCUUUGUGAAGAAGAACCCACCGGGCGUCGACGACCAGCUGUGGCUGGUGAUGGAGUUCUGCGGUGCCGGCUCAGUCACAGACCUGAUAAAGAACACUAAAGGGAACUCGCUGAAGGAGGAGUGGACGGCUUACAUCUGCAGAGAAAUCCUCCGAGGUCUGACUCAUCUUCACCAGCACAAAGUCAUCCACCGUGACAUUAAAGGCCAGAAUGUCCUGCUCACGGAGAAUGCUGAGGUCAAACUGGUGGAUUUUGGUGUGAGUGCACAGUUGGACCGCACCGUAGGCAGGAGGAACACGUUUAUCGGCACACCCUAUUGGAUGGCUCCAGAGGUCAUUGCCUGUGACGAGAAUCCAGAUGCCACGUACGACUUCAAGAGUGAUUUGUGGUCUUUAGGAAUUACAGCUAUUGAGAUGGCAGAAGGAGCGCCGCCUCUGUGUGAUAUGCACCCGAUGCGAGCACUCUUCCUCAUUCCCAGAAAUCCGGCUCCUCGACUCAAGUCAAAGAAGUGGACCAAGAAGUUCCAGUCGUUUAUCGACAGCUGCCUAGUGAAGAACCACACGCAGAGGCCCAGCACCGAGCAGCUGCUUAAACAUCCCUUCAUCCGAGACCUGCCUAAUGAGCGACAGGUCCGCAUCCAGCUCAAAGACCACAUCGACCGCACCAAGAAGAAGAGAGGAGAGCGGGAUGAGACGGAGUAUGAGUACAGCGGCAGCGAGGAGGAGGAGGAGGAACGGGACAUCGGAGAACCCAGCUCCAUCAUCAACAUCCCGGGCGAGUCCACUCUGAGGCGGGACUUCCUGCGUCUGCAGCUGGCCAAUAAGGAGCGCUCCGAGGCCCUGCGCCGACAACAGCUGGAACAGCAGCAGAACGAUGAGCACAAGCGCCAACUACUGGCCGAGAGACAGAAGCGCAUCGAGGAGCAGAAGGAGCAGAGGAGGAGGCUGGAGGAGCAACAGCGUCGGGAGAGAGAGCUGCGCAAACAGCAGGAGAGAGAGCAGCGGAGACGCUACGAGGAGAUGGAGCAGUUACGGAGAGAGGAGGAGAGGAGACACGCCGAGAGGGAGCAGGAGUAUAUCCGCCGUCAGUUGGAGGAGGAACAGCGGCAGUUGGAGAUUUUACAGCAGCAGCUUCUACAGGAACAGGCUCUGCUUCUGGAGUAUAAGCGGAAGCAGCUGGAGGAGCAGAGGCAGGCGGAGAGGCUUCAGAGACAGCUCCAGCAGGAGAGAGCUUACCUGGUUUCCCUCCAACAGCAGCAGCAGCAGGACCCUCGACCUGCCGAGAAGAAGCAGCUCUAUCACUACAAGGACUCGGGCAACUCCAGCGACAAACCCGCCUGGGCCAAAGAGGUCAUGAGACGAGCCCAUAGUCAGUCCCCUCGUCUGCCUACAAAGAACCAGCACCAUGAGGAGGCACAGCUUUCGCACCUCCUCCUACUCCCUGACCAAGCCUCCAGCCAACUCCCCGCCCGCCCCCCGUCCUACCCAGCCGCCGCCCCCUCCCACGCCCAGAGAGAGAGGGCUGAGCUUCAGCUCCGGCAGCUGGGCAGCAACGCCAACGUUCCCAGGAUCCGGGUGUCCUGUGAGCCAGAUCUGGCUCAGAUCAGCCAGCUGUUUCCUGGGCAGGGCCAGGACAACCGUGGGCGGAGCCCCGGACGAUCAGGCGCAUGGGAGAGUGAGGUGGAGGAGCGUUCCAAACUAAACCGACAGAGUUCUCCAGCUCUGCAGCACAAAGUGGCCAAUCGAAUCUCUGACCCGUCACUGCCUCCUCGCUCCGAGUCCUUCAGCAGUGGUGGCAUCCAGCAGGCUCGGACCCCGCCCAUGCAUCGCUCCGUCGAGCCCCAGAUGGCUCACUUGGUCUCGGUGAAGUCUCACGGUUCCUCGAUGACGGGCUCGCAGUCUCUGCAUGAUCAGUCUUCCCAGGGCGUCUCAGCUUUCCAGGAGAGUCUGUCGCCCCACCGGCCCCCGAUGCCCCGGCAGAACUCGGACCCCACCUCAGAGACACCCAUGCCUCCACCUCGCGUCACGAGCCGAGAAGACAAAUUCGACCGCAGCUCCUGGCUGAGACAGGAAGAGGACGUUCCACCCAAGGUUCCUCAGAGGACGACCUCUAUAUCUCCUGCACUGGUUAGAAAGAACUCACCUGGGAACGGACCUGGAGGUUUGGGCCCGAGGCCGGGUUCUCACCUCAUCCGAGCCAGCAACCCAGACCUGCGGGUUUCCAUGGAGCCCGGACUCCCGAGGACGAGCAGCGGCAGCUCCUCCAGCUCCAGCACUCCGAGCUCUCAGGGAGGCUCCAGCGAGAGGAACCGGUUAGGAGGAUCUGGAAAACCUGAGAGCUCUCCAACCGUUUCCCAGGAGAAUAAACACAAAAGCCAGGAGGAGAGCAGGGAGGUGACGAGACCCAGCCGACCUGCUGAUCUCACUGCUCUGGCCAAAGAGCUCCGAGAGCUGCGCUCUAACGAAGAGACGAACCGGCCGCCCGUCAAAGUGACCGAUUAUUCGUCAUCCAGUGAGGAGUCAGAAAGCAGCGAAGAGGAGGAGGGAGAGGGCGGAGCUCACGAUGGAACCGUGCCAGUCAGUGACAUCCCUCGCAUCAUGCCGUCCGCUGGUCAGGGUGGGAAUGAGCCGUUCGGAGCACUGGUGGACACGGAGGAUUCCCACGACGAGUCUUACGGCAACAACUCUAAAGACAGCACCUUGAUGAUGAGAGAGAUGUUUGGGCAAAGAAAGCGCUCGGGUCAUGCCGAGAGCAACGGUUUCCCUGGUAACGCCAAUCUUCCUGAUCUAGUGCAGCAAAGCCACUCCCCCUUGGCCAUGCCCAGCGAAGGCCCAGGGCGCCACUCCAGUCUGCUUGGGCAGGACCUGGACUCUGUGGCUGAAUACGGGAGCGGCUCGAAAGCCUCCUUCACCCCGUUCGUGGAUCCGCGAGUGUACCAGACUUCACCUACUGAAGAAAACAGUGAGAACUCAGCAGCAGCGCUUUCAGUUGACGAGCUGCUGAGGCAUGAGCAGGAACAGGAACAAGCUCGGCUCAAUGAGGCUCGGAAGAUCUCCGUCGUCAACGUCAACCCCACCAACAUCCGGCCGCACAGUGACACACCCGAGAUCCGCAAAUACAAAAAACGCUUUAACUCUGAGAUCCUGUGUGCUGCUCUGUGGGGCGUGAACCUGUUGGUCGGGACUGAAAAUGGACUGAUGUUGUUAGACCGCAGCGGUCAGGGGAAAGUGUACAACCUCAUCAGCCGCCGGCGUUUUCAACAGAUGGACGUUUUGGAGGGCCUCAACGUUCUCGUCACCAUCUCCGGCAAAAAGAACAAGUUGAGGGUUUAUUACCUGUCAUGGCUGAGAAACCGGAUCCUCCACAAUGACCCUGAGGUGGAGAAGAAGCAAGGCUGGACCACCGUGGGCGAUCUGGAGGGCUGCGUUCAUUACAAAGUUGUGAAAUAUGAGAGGAUCAAGUUCUUGGUGAUUGCCUUGAAGAAUGCGGUGGAGAUUUACGCCUGGGCUCCGAAACCGUAUCACAAAUUCAUGGCUUUCAAGUCCUUCACCGAUCUGCAGCACAAGCCUCAGCUGGUGGAUCUGACUGUAGAGGAAGGUCAGAGGUUAAAGGUCAUCUACGGCUCCAGCGUCGGGUUUCAUGUCAUUGAUGUGGACUCUGGGAACCCGUAUGAUAUCUACAUCCCAUCGCACAUUCAGGGCAGUGUCACCCCUCACGCCAUUGUGGUGCUCCCCAAGACCGACGGGAUGGAGAUGCUUCUGUGUUAUGAAGAUGAGGGAGUCUAUGUGAACACAUACGGCAGAAUCACUAAAGACGUGGUGCUACAAUGGGGAGAGAUGCCCACCUCUGUUGCCUACAUCCACUCCAACCAGAUCAUGGGAUGGGGAGAGAAAGCCAUUGAGAUCCGUUCCGUGGAGACGGGACACCUCGACGGAGUUUUCAUGCACAAGCGAGCUCAGCGACUGAAGUUUCUGUCUGAGAGAAAUGACAAGGUCUUCUUUGCCUCGGUCCGAUCAGGAGGCAGUAGCCAAGUUUUCUUCAUGACCUUGAACAGAAAUUCCAUGAUGAACUGGUAAACCUCGCCCACACACCUGCCCCCUCAACACCCCUCCUGCCCCCACGGGCUCCAACACACGCCCCCCUACGUUGUCUCUGUGGACGUAUUCUGUUUUUCAAAAGUGAUGGGGUGGGAGGGAACGACAAGAACCCACAGUGUGCGGAACCACAGGGCCGCUUUUGAGAGUAAAUACUUUUAGAAAAUAAAUCAAUAAAAUCAGAUCGAGCCCAGGUGCCGCUCCGGAGAGCCGAAGUUCAUCUCGCAUCCACACAAAGCUCCGACCGCCGAGAGAAGAACAACCACCUCCUGUACCCAGAAUUCCUACGGCUCUUACUGCGGGAUCACGUUUUUAUCUUGACUAGCGUAUUUUUGGAAGAGAGCAGAGAAAGAAGUGAUCAGUGAGAAAAUCAAGAAAAUAAAUGAUGUAACUGUUUAGACACUUUCAACACAAUAAUUUACUGUUGUUGGUUGGACAAAACAAUUCUGUAGAGAGGUGUGUGUGUGUGUGUGUGUGUGUGUGUGUGUGUGUGUGUCUUUCAUGAACUUAUUUGAUCACUUUGUUAUUGCAUUUCAUCACACUGUAACUGUACAAAGAUUUAUGUAUCGUUUGUAUAUUCUCAAUGUACUUCCGUGUGUGUGUGUGUGUGUGUGUGUGUGUGUCCUCAUUAUCCAUUAAUAUGAAAAAAAAAAAACACCACACAAUAGUUAAGACAAAUCCGAAUGUGUGGAUGUUUUAUACAGAACGUUACAGCAGAAUUUUGGGAAAUCAGUCGGGAAAAUAAAGCUCCAUUUUUCAUUAUUACAUAACGAUCCACUGGGAUGGAUUUGAGCUUUUUUGGAUGUCGUUGCUUACGUGCAAUAAAGAGCACGAGAGAUCGGUUUUGAUGUGUGGAUGGAUGGGGUUUUAGCUCAAACCUGAACAGAGUCCCACCAGUCUGAAGCUGUGACUUUCAGAGCUGUUAGAGGUGUAUGUGAGUUUUUUAAAAAAUAAUCCUUUAAUAAAAUUGGUCACGCAAAGCAGAUGUGAUUUGUUUUUUUCUCGGAUUGCGUGACAACAAAGGAAUGAGUUUGGUGCAUUGAGCUUUCUCUAAACCUACCUCAUUUCUUUCCUCCAGUCAUUCGAUCACAAGUUUAUAUUCAAUCAUGACAUCACGUAAUUAUUAAUAAAAUAUUCACUAUAAAUCAGACAAGGCUUGAAUUAAAAGGCAUAGGAAUCUCAAUUCAGUACAAUUUUUAUUAUAAAUGAAUUCUUUAUGCAUCUCGAUUUUUGCUUUUUGGGGGGAUUUUGCGAGAAACAAAAACAAAUACACAAAAAUUGAUCAAAACUUGCUUUUUUUCCCCCCCAGUGAUGCGUUUUUAUCAUGUUUAGUGCAUAACUGUUGAAUCAUUUAUGAGAAUCAUGGUGCAUAAAAGAAAUCGAUUCUUUUGCUUCAUCUCAGAUAUUUAACAUAAAGAUCAACAAAUACAAUAAAGUUGAAUCAAAGUCUUUAUAUAUUUUAACAACAUACAUGAAACAUGGAUUCUGAGUCACUGUAAAAUAAAAAACACGACUGAUUUGGAAUUAGAUAACUCUGUGUACUAAAGCAAAGAGUAAAAGUCAAAAGUAUAAAAAGUAAGCAUUACUCGUUUGUUUUAAAAGUUUAAACAAGAGCAUUAAGGCUUGAAGCAAUGUAAAAAAAAUGAAAAGAUAAUAAGAUAUAUUUAUUAUUAUUUGCUUUUGUUAUCAGUGAUGUUCACAUUUUCUCACAGAAAAUAGAUUAGUUUUCUGUGACAGAGCACAAACUGGGUAUUAAUUCAGAAUAAAAAUUCUAAUUUGUCUCAUUUUCAGAGACAAAUCACUCUGUCAGAAUUACUGAGUUGUUGGUGCCGUGACCCGGAUGUGAAAUCUGUCAACAGGAGAAAAAAAUAGAAGAAAGUAGAAAAGGUCCAGUAGAAUCAGGAGGAUGAGUUUUUGAGAGUGUAAAAAUGUGUAAAAGUGUGAAAAACUGAUUAAAGGGCACUUUUAUUUUCAGGUCAGGUUACAGGUUAAACGUUACACCUAUACGACCCAUUAUAUUUCAUAAAUAAACCACAAGUGUGUGUGUGUGUGUGUGUGUGUGUGUGUGUGUGUGUGUGUGUGUGUGUUUAUGCAUGUCUGCACCUUUUACAUUUGGGAUUUUACCUUCGAUUUUACCUUCACACGAACAUAAAACACGAGAUUAAAACAUCGAAUCGUUUAUUAUUCGUAAAAGUUCACGUUUCACUUUUUCAUCUUACUUCUGUUUACAUUUUAAUUUAAUGAAUCGCUUUCAUCACUGAGUCUGUCACUUGAUAUUGAGUUUCUUAGUAGCUUGUUAAAUUUCACACUUAUUUUUGUGAAAUUACGCAAAGUUCUUAUUUGGUUAUUAACUGGCUGUUGCAGAGCUAAAAUAUGUCACGUCUAUUUAGAUUACAUUUUUUUUAAACAAGUGUGUGUUUUAGUGAUUUAUUCUUUACUUUUUGAGUAAAUUUUAGUUUUUUUUUAAAAAGCUGCUAUUUAACUAUUUGGCUCUAGAAUCAGGCAAAAAGAAAUCUUGUAAAAAAAUUACAGAAUAAAAGUUGAUUAGCAGUAUAAUAAAUUACACUGGCAUAUAAUUCUGUAAAUGCAAUUACAAUAGAAUUAUGAAUUUUAACAAUUAUUUAUAUGCUUCCAAACCUGGCUCCAAGCAAUUUUCCAUUUUUAUAACUUAUUUAAUGAUAUUUCAGCAAACAUGCUUAAUGCUGUUAUGGCAACUAAAAACAACAAAAAAAUAUAUUAUCCUGAAAUAUCAUAUUCAUGAAAUAAAUUUUAAAGAGACAUAUAGCCUGGAGUUUGAAUUUAUAUGCAAACAAUAUUAUAGUAAUAUUUGUUAAUGUAAAUUUUAUUGCAAUUCUAUUUACAGAAUUACAGGCUGCUGUUAUUUCUACUGUUAUUACUUUCUUACUCAAGUUUUACAAUAUUUUACUUUAAUUUUUAGUCUAUUCAUGUUUAUUCACUUCAUAAUACUUUUUGUAUGAUAAUUUGUUCAAUGCUUCCAAAACACGAAUGUUAAGAUGAAGAUGAAGAUGAUUUAAAAAAAAAAAAAAAAAACACUAUUGAAACCCAGAAGUGGGUCUGAGGUCUGAUCUCGUCUAAUGUGUGCCUGGUACAUUACAUUUCCAGUAUACUGACUUUUAUUAGUUUAAUGUAAAGCACCUUUUUGUUUAUUUUAACGUAAAAUAUUGAGUUCUGAUUCAUUAUAGAAUAAUUAUCUAACAGAAAGACCCCGUGUGUGUGAAACUCCACAUCAGACUCCCUUGACAUUUGUUAUUCUGAUCGGAUUUAUUUAUCGGUUUGUACAGUACACUUCUGGUUUGUCAUUGUGUUUGGAAGCGACAGUAUUAUUACGGAUUUUUUUGCAAAGGGAUUUUUUUUUUCUAUAGCUGUAUUUUGGAUUAGCUCGUUGGUCUGAAAGUGCUGAAAUCUAUAUUAGAAUGUCAGAGAUGUUUAAUAUCAGUGCUUUAUGUAAUAUCACUUUAUCCUAUUUCUCAUUUUAUCCCAGUACUGUUUGACACUUUUUUCCUUUUUCUUUAUAAAUUCAAUGCUGAAUUAUAGCCAAAAUGAUGUACUGAUACUUUUUUGUAUGGUGACAUUUUCCUUUUCCUGGUUUGUUUUUUUUGGGGAAAAGCACUCGUCAUAUUUAUAUUUGAAGGCAAGCCUGAAAGGAAACAAUGUUGAUGUAAAUGAAAAAUAAACCUAACACUCUGUCAUGUUAGGUCGAAGCUAGGAUUAUUAGCAAUAAAGUGUAUCAAGGAUUUUUGUUAAAAUAUUUUUUCUGGUAUUUCAUUUCUGUCUGAAUUUGGUAGAACAAAAAAUGUUCAAAAUGUUCAAAUGGUUGAUGUCCAGAAUUCGGGAUGCAGGAUGUCGGGUUUUGAGUGAUGCAGAUUAUACACGAAUAUAUUCACAGUUUUUUCCCAUGUAACAUAAAGCAUUAGAACUUUGCUGUUUUUUAAUAAAUCGAUGUAUCAAAUGA